UGAGGCGAUGUGUGAUAUGUGGAGACGUCGAUGGUGACAAUAACGUUUCGCUGCACAGGUAUUUACAACUUCACCCAACACAUAACAAUAAUGUAACAUGUUAUAAAUCACAUUCAUCCUUAGAAUUCCUAAUGACGUACGUCGUCUUCAGUGGGUGGAAUUUGUGGUGAACCAAGGUUUUCAAGUAAACCUAAACUCUGCGUUGUGUUCGAGGCAUUUUGUUCCUGGCCUUGACUACGAAGAAAGGGAUGUACGACGCCGUCGUCUGGUCCGCACUGCGGUGCCAUCUUUGGUAGUCGGACCGUACAGAGAACGAGAAGAUCACGUGGAAAACGGUGAUGCCGGUGUACAAGUUCCGAGGGAUGAACUUUUGUUGGAAGAGAACAUUGAGGUAGUUGAAGUCAUGAUGGACAAUGACAACGUUGAGGUAAUUGAGGUCAUGAUGGACAAUGACAACGUUGAGGCAGGCGAAGUCGCGAUGGACGACGACAACGUUGAAAUAGUUGUCAUGAACGGAGACGAACAAGUAUCAGAUGAUGAUAACUUUGUUGGUGUUUUCGACCUUUCACCACUGUACGAUAUUGAAGGGGUUGAACAAAUCGCCCCGAUUGUUGCUAGACUGUUGGUAGACCGUCCGGCUGGCGUUCAGCACCCACUACCGGAACCACACAACUUAGGUGCAUUGAAUUACGUAUGCACGUAUUGUAGGGCCCGCCACUUUAAGUGCGAGGAAACAAGCCCGAAUCAUUUUUCAACGGCUGUAGUCGGACCAUACAGAGAACGAGAAGAUCACGUGGAAAACGUUGAUGCCGGUGUACAAGUUCCGAAGGAUGAACUUUUGUUGGAAGAGAACAUUGAGGUAGUUGAAGUCAUGAUGGGCAAUGACAACGUUGAGGUAGUUGAGGUCAUGAUGGACAAUGACAACUUCUAA